AUGCCGAAGUCUGAGUCCCGUCCCAAUUCCAUCGUCGUGGAAUUCGUGGAAGAGCCCUUCAUGGCACCAGAGAUGGAGACGCCUCAGACCUUUGUGGAAUCAGCUGAGAGUCCAGCCACUGGUUGCGCCAUUCCGAAUCUCUUCGGAAAUGUUGAUGAAGCUACGCAAUACUAUGCAGUGCAUGGCCCACCUUGCCAGCUGUGGCUUGUGCCCUGUUUGGUUUGGCCAGCAUUUCCAGAAGUGCAGCAAGAUCAGAAGGUUCAAAAAACAGGGGACAACACCCCAACUGACUUGGGAACCUUUGAGCAGUUGCAGCGCCUCUGGCAAGCUAGCUGCCGCCCAUCUGUUCAGCCGCAGCUUGCACCUCCGGAGAACAAGCGGGUGUUGGAUGUCGUUGCCGAGCAGCAGCGUGAAGCGUUGCGUGCUCAGCACCAGCAGGUGCUACUGGCCCUUGAGCCAGUGGUGGCCGAACGGGCAGCCGAAGAGGCCAAAGAGGCCAAAGAGGCCGAACCGGCCUUGGAACAUGUGGAGCCGCAAACUCCUCAGGCUGAGCCUGUGGAGGUACCGUCGCUUCUGAGUUCCGGAUCCGAACUGCCCAGGGCCAGCAGCACCCUGAAUGGCAAAGCUCCCAAGUUCCGCCCUGGCAUGGAGGAAUGCCCUUAUGUGGCCAUGGGCCUGUCAUGCCGCACUUCUCAGUUUUCUGGGUUUGGCCGGUGCAAGAGCUACCUGGAGGAGGGUUCGGCUUCCAACGCCCGGCGGGGUGGUACAAUGCUGCUGUGCGCCGCACGGGACAUGAAGUCGGGUGAAGAGGUGACCUUCGAAUAUUUCGGCGCCCGGCACGCCAUGAUGGACCUGGCGCCGCGCCGCGAGGUCACGGCGAAGCACGGCGCGGAAGGCUUCCGUUGCGGCUGCGAACGAUGCACCCGGGAGGAAAAUCUCCCCGCUCCACCGUCUCUCAGCGCGAGAGAAGUCUUGGAGAUGGGUGCGCCUGCCUCCAUGGAGCAUCUGGAGGCCUUGGAAGAGGGUGAUCGAUUGGAAUGGCUGAAGGUGCGCUAUGGCGCUUCCUUCGCCCCACAGCAGUUGCAGCAGAUCCAUGCGGCGGCGCAACGCAGCGCCUUCCCCGCAUCCUUCGUGCGGCGUGUGGUUUCGGUUCAAGACGUACUGAUGGCGUCUUCCACCAAGGAGGCUGAUGCGACACCAGCACCAGAAGUCCAGCAUCAGUUCCACUUCAGAUAUGAUCGCAGGUUGUCGUGCUUCUCCAAUUCCGUGAGCUGUUUAACCUUCACCACCGAUGGGCACUUCCUGGUCUCUGGCACCGGUUCGGGGGACAUCAAGGUCUGGGACAGUACCAGCUGGGCAGAAGCUGCCAAGCUGAAGAGCGGCCGCCGGGCUGAGCCUAAGGAGGUAGCCAUCAGCCCUUCCCAACGAUGGGUGGUGGUCUGCUACAGUGCCAUGCUGCAGAUCUUUCAGUGUGGAGCUCCCUGGAAGUUGGUGCAGACCCGACCGCUGGAGGUGGCCUCCAACAAGGACGCUCCGCCGGAGUGGUGCUGCGUGGCCUUCUCGCCCUCCAUGGCGGAGGUGGAUCAUCCUGGAGGCCAAGCGGGUCAGGACAAUCACCUCGCAGCCUUCAGCAAUUGCCACAUUUCGCUGAUGGACUAUUCAGGCGGUUGGACGCAGGACGUGCCUCAGCGCACGCGAUCCUUAAUGCAGACGUCCUGGCCCUCCUGCCUGUCCUACACGGGGGAUGGCUAUUGGAUCAUUUGCGGAUUCUCAGAGGGACAGAUGCAAAUCUGGAAUGCUUUCUCCUUGUCAUUGGAGAAGACGCUGAACGCCCACGAGGCCACCGUCAGUUCCAUCGCGGCAUCGCCCCAAGGGGCGCCCUACGACCCGCGCUUGGUGUCCUGCAGCAAGGAUCAAUGUCUUCGAGUGUGGCAUGUGAACACCUGGCUCUUAGAACAGCACGUGCAUGAAUUGCGCUGCGACCGCGCGGGGCUGCGCUGUUGUGCCUUCUCUGCCAACGGAAAUUGGUUGGUAUCCGUGGCUGCCGAGCUCACCGUUUGGCGCGUGCACGUCUCGGCGAGGCUGAAGAAAUUUGAGCUGCAGAUGCAUCAGCGAUUGGAGGCCGUGUGUGGCAGCGAGUCAAUCAGAACGGCCACCUUUAGUAGUCAGUCAGACGUCAUCGCAGUGGGUUCCCAUGACGGCAUCCUGGGUCUCUGGAGCAAGCAUCAAGGGUUGCCUCCAUCGGCACCGGAACAGUUGCCCAACGCUCCUCCGGCGAGUGAAGCCACACGCAGCUCAGGAGCUCCCAGCCCGUCUGAGAGCACCGUGACGGUGUCGAAAUUUGCCCGACCCAUGCAGAGAAUCACGCCUCAGGGGGUGAAACCCAUUGGCCAGCCGGAGUUGCAUCGGAGUAGGCCGAGUUUGCCCGUGCACCACCGCCCCAGUCGUGGUCCUAUUGGAGGGAUGAGCCCUGUGACAGCGGGAGGCCGCCUUUCACUUCAACUCAACAGCGACAUCGCGAGUAUGGUGCGAGGCGAAAGUCCUCCUGAGCUUCGACAACGCGGUCGUCAAACCUGCAAGACUAGCACCUUACUGGGCGGGUGGCAACCCACCUGUUUGGACGAGGUCUUCUCGCACGUGAAAAGCGUGGAUUCGAACACAGGUUUGCUCUCCAAUGCGGAGAGGGCGUCUGACAAGGCACCCAACCGUGAGCUCAUGGCGCGGGCGCGCGGGUUAGUGAAACGCAUUGCCUUAGAUCCCAAAGUCAUCACCAACGAGGAGGGAAGAUCUUGA